UCUAUAUACCUCAAGUCUCCAUUUGCUUCGCCCAGUCUCAACUUUUUCUUCUAACAGCCAUUUAAUAUCCGACCUGAACGCGAAUGAUAGUUCGAACAUUCCGGUUCGGCGGUUUCUGUUGCAGCAUAGCCCACAGGCAAUGUAUACAUUGAUACGGCGAUGAUAUCGGCGCAGGCCGUGCUUGCAUCACUGAUCAAAAAAAAGUUCCCAAGUAUUUAUAGAAUCGGAACGAAAUUUGAAACCCUUUUCCAGUCCCGUCUCUCAUCUCGUAGUGCAGGCCACGUCCACAAAGAGAAUCUGUUGAAGAAAACCCCUGCUGGCCAGGUCGUGUCCUUCUCAAUCGUGCAAAAUCAACAAUCCGAUACUUUCCAUCAUCUCCCCCUCGAUUCGUACAGCUUAUUACAAUGACCAAGUCCACUGGAUUACUUCGUCUAGCUUUAAGCGUGAUGUUAGCGAUGACACUCUUGACGGUCUGUCUUUCAAUGCCGAUCGGUAUGUCAAAACUUUCAUCUCCCUCGGACGAGGAUUCGGCCCUCAGCAGUACCUCUGCCGCUGAUGGAGGUGCUCCUACGUCUGCCACGUCUGCACUCAGCCCUGCGGUUCAUCCAACGCCAACCGCUGGUUCAGCCGACUCCAAUUCUGCUACGGCCUCUGCUAACGCUUCUGCGUCCGCUGGCGCAGAUAACGGCUCCACCUCGGCAUCUGCUUCCUCGUCCUCAGAGGCCGAUACGAGCUCAGCAUCUUCCAGUGCUUCCUCCUCUUUAAGCGCUGAUGCUGGCUCCGCUUCUGCGUCUGCCAGCGCCUCAUCAUCAGGCGAUGUUGACUCUGUUUCAGCGUCCGCCAGCGUUUCCUCAGCCAAUAAUGAUAAUGGAAAUAGCACUGCCGCGGCGUCUGCCAGUACUUCGUCGACUGCAGGUGCUGAAACUGGCUCCUCGGCUGCUUCGGCGUCUGUUAAGAAUUUGUCGUCUGCCGAUUCCGAUAGUAACUCAACUUCAAACGCGGUAACAGGUAGUGCUUCUCCGGACUCGUCGUCGUCAUCCUCAUUAUCGUCAUCUUCAUCGCCUUCAUUUUCUGCAUCCCCUACAACCCAAAAUCACGACGGUGUGCCUCCUCUCAUGCAACCACUCGCUAAGACUGCCAAGUCAGAGAACAAGACUAUAUCUGAUCACCAACGCUGGCCUUCUGCAGUCGCAGCAGCUACUAUUGAUGGCGUAGUGUUUCCUCAGACAAGUAAGCAUCCCAGGAUUCGAGCGGGUCAGCUUUCGUUCAUGAUUGGGCAGAAGUGCAAAGAAAUGAAGGAGAACGGAUAUUGGAGCAAUGUUGGUGAUGGAUUGAAGAAGAGUUUCACUGUGGUACCUCUGAUCCUUGAGGCCAUGGUGAAGACGGCUAGGAACUGAAGUGUUGAUGUAGUAUUGUGUUUAAAGUGUAUGUAGUUCGAGGCUUGAUAGAUGAUCGUUGGUCGAUGUUGAUCUCUCCUGUGAGCUAAACUUUGCUGUAUGUAGUACAACCUAAAAGCCCGAUACGGGUAGAGCUGGUAGAGAUCGGCCUUCGUUAUUAACUGACAUCGACUACAGUCUGGGUACAUAUGUAUGUGCUAGUGAAUCAUAAUAACUUUUCUUUUUGUGAAAAAA